AUGACACCUUUUAUGGAGUCUUUCAAGUCCGAAGAGCAAUAUGGCCGCCCUCUGACACUCAUGGGACUGCCACUUGAAAUACGUGAGAUGAUCUGGGAAGAAGCAUUGCCCCGCCGAGUCAUUUCCGCGGAUCACAACGAAUCGACGUUCCUGCCGGGCCCCCCUUCAAUCGCCCAAGUCUGCCGAGAGUCCCGCGCCUUUGCCAUCAGAAGCGGCUCACCACGCACCUUCGACCACGUCGACGGCAGCCCUCGGGGCACGUGGUUCGAUGCAUCACGCGAUGUUGUGCUGGGAAACCACGGUCCGUGUUCAUGUCCACCAUCACCGGUACCCCAAGGUCGCCCGGAACCCCGCUGCAGAUGCUUCUGGUCAUCUCUUCGCUCGAUCACUUUGCAGAGCAACUGGCUAGACUCACGCCCUUUGGAACGCUUCACAUUCAAAGACCGACUCGAUAAUGAACCCAGAAGACCGCUCAGACCGCUGUCCUCAAUCAUGCUAACAGCACUGGGAUGGCGGCACAAGACACACAAGUACUCCAAGCUACAGAAAAUCAACAUCUUCCCCGCCCAAGACUGUCUCAGGGACUUCUACCCCAAGAACAGCUUCCCCUACUGGCCCCGCGAGGUCCUGGACCUGCUGUUCGAGAACAACACCAUCCGCCUCGUCGACCUCCGCGACGCACACGAGGUUGCCGGCGUGGUGUCGACCCUCAGCGCCCACUACUGGAGCGAGCCCUGCGGGCGCUUCAUCCAGCGCGCCCACGAAGCCGUCGUGGACAAGAGGUGGAACCGCUGGGAGGAGACCGUGCACGAUCUGAAACACGAAUGGCUGACGAGUAGCUACUACCGCGGCCGCGCUGACGAUGUGCUUGCUCGUGUCUUGGUCAAUCACCGGUACGAAGACUGGGACGUCAACGACCCCUGGAUCAAGGAGGCGUUGGCGAAGAUGCCGGAGAUCUGUCCGGUGUAUCCGCUCAUCAACUACGACGAGAAGGAUUGGCGGUCUGGCACGCGUGAGGAUGAGGGGGGACGACGGCAGAAAGUGGAACGCAUGGUCGUCCGCGACGGGGAGGCUUGGACGUGGGCGGCUCCCGAGGUGCACACCGAAGACGAUGGCAACCAAGAACAGCGGGAGUCGGAUCAGGGUUCAGACACAGACGUACCUCCUCAGCCUGAGGUCAUCCAGACCAGGGUUGAGCAUCGUCACAGAAUAAAACGACAGCUUUAA